GCCGUGGACACAAGCAGAAGCAGUCUGUGAGAGUGUGUGUGAGAGAGUGUGUGCACGAAGCUGGAGCGGAGAGAGAGGUUCUGCCGGAUCCCUUACUGAAACUCUACCUCUACCACAAACACACAAUACCACUCACCGGUCCUCCCCACCAGGGUCUGAGAGCGCAUCCCUGAGGAGUACACCUUUACCCCCACGACCGGUGAAACGCCCCCCACAUGGAGCCAUGUGAACCCCAGUCUCCUGCUUCGUUUGGGAUCUGAUUUCGGAUUGCCUCCUUGGGGAGAAGCUCCAGGCGCUGGAUCUUUUGAAGUAAGGAGGGACUCCGAAGAUCUCGGCUAUCCCAGAGGGAAGCACUUUGCUCUUGGCACUCUGGGCUGCAAGCCCCCCUGGGCUGGAGGCCAGCGCUCCAGCACCAUGGAUUACCUAGUUGGGAUUUUUCUGCUGUUGUGUGGGGUGGCGUUACCUGGAAGAGUUGCACCCCAGCACGCCAAAGAGAACGUGCCCAGACUCAAGCUCUCCUACAAGGAAAUGCUGGAAUCCAGUAAUCUUGUGACUUUCACUGGAUUGGCAAACAGUUCAGGUUACGACACGUUCCUGAUGGAUGAGGAGAGAGGGAGAUUGCUGGUUGGUGCGGAGGAUCACGUCUUCUCUUUUGACCUGGUCAACAUCAACAGAGAUGUCAAACAGAUCGCCUGGCCCGCCACACCUUCCAAACGCGAUGAAUGCAAGUGGGCUGGAAAAGACCUUGGGAAAGAAUGCUCAAACUUUGUGCGUGUGCUGCAGCCGUAUAACCAGACGCAUAUUUACAUAUGUGGCACCGGAGCUUUCCAUCCUAUCUGUUCUUACCUGGAGAUAGGCAAGCGAGCAGAGGACAACAUCUUCAGACUGGAUGCCAACUACUUUGAGAAUGGACGUGGGAAAAGUCCCUAUGAUCCAAAUAUGCAGUCCUCAUUCCUCCUGAUUGAUGGAGAACUGUAUUCUGGAACAUCAGCAGACUUCAUGGGACGAGACUUCGCCAUUUUCCGAACACUUGGGUCACAUCAUCCAAUCAGAACUGAGCAGCAUGAUUCUAGAUGGCUGAAUGACCCCAGGUUUCUAGGAAUACACCUGAUCCCGGAGAGCGAUAAUCCUGAAGAUGACAAGAUAUUCCUGUUCUUCAAAGAGAGCGCCAUGGAUGGUGAACAUACAGGCAAAGCUACUAUCUCCAGGAUAGGACAACUGUGUAAGAAUGACAUGGGUGGACAUAGGAGUCUCGUAAACAAAUGGACAACUUUCUUGAAAGCCAAGCUGACUUGCUCAGUUCCCGGCCUCAGUGGCAUAGACACACAUUUUGAUGAACUGCAGGAUGUGUUUCUGAUGAGUGCUAAAGACCCAAAGAACCCAGUGAUCUACGCUGUGUUUACUACAUCCAGUAAUAUCUUCCGUGGAUCGGCUAUAUGCAUGUAUAGUAUGGCAGACAUCCGAAGGGUAUUUCUAGGUCCAUAUGCCCACAGGGAUGGGCCAAACUACCAGUGGGUUCCCUUCCAGGGCAGAGUGCCAUACCCCCGUCCUGGCACAUGUCCCAGCAAAACGUUCGGAGGCUUUGAUUCCACCAAAGACCUUCCUGAUGAUGUUAUCACAUUUGCACGCCUGCACCCAGCCAUGUAUAACCCCGUGCAACCGAUGGGUGGGAAGCCCAUCGUGGUGCGCACGAACGUGGAGUACCAGUUCACUCAGCUGGUGGUGGAUCGUGUGGAAGCUGAAGAUGGCCAGUACGAUGUCAUGUUCAUCGGCACAGAUUUAGGAACUGUGCUGAAGGUGGUGACCAUUCCCAGGGAAAGCUGGCAUGAUCUGGAGGAAGUGGUGCUGGAAGAGAUGACGGUGUUCAGGGAGCCAACACCUAUUACUGCCAUGGAGCUCUCCACUAAACAACAACAGCUGUACCUCGGGUCAGAUUUAGGGAUUUCCCAGAUGCCCCUGCACCGCUGUGAGGUCUACGGGAAGGCCUGUGCCGAGUGCUGCCUGGCAAGAGAUCCAUAUUGUGCCUGGGACGGGAUAGAGUGCUCUCGAUAUUUUCCGACUGCUAAGAGGAGAACAAGACGUCAGGACAUCAGAAAUGGUGAUCCUCUUUCUCAGUGCUCUGAUCUGCACCACAAUGAUGAUCUGGAAGGAUACAGCAGUGUGGAGGAGAGAAGUGUGUAUGGUGUAGAGAACAGCAGCAUGUUUCUGGAAUGCAGCCCAAAGUCUCAGAGAGCUCUAAUCUACUGGCAGCUACAGAGACCCAAUGAUGAGCGUAAACACGAGAUUGUGAUUGAUGAAAGGCUAAGUCUUACGGGCCAGGGUUUGCUGAUCAGAAGUCUAACCCAGGCCGAUUCAGGAGUGUACCACUGCCAUGCCGUCGAGCAUGGCUUCAUUCAACCACUGCGGCGUAUUAAUCUCCAGGUCAUCCCAGCUCAGCGCGUGGGCGAGCUGCUGCUCCGGGCAAACGCCAACGAUAAAGAUCCGUCCCCCAAACACAAACUCUGGUAUCGGGAUUUCAUGAGCCUGCUGGAGCACCCAGAUCUCAACAGCGUGGACGAGUUCUGCGAGCGCGUUUGGAAGCGAGAGAAGAAGCCGAAGGGAAAGAAAACCCCCAAAGUCAACCCUGUAGCUGGUGUGGGUACAAAAACAGAAAAGACCCCUCAAACAACGGCUCAGACUUUGCAGAACCCAACGCAGAGAGCGCAAAACACACCCAAAGUGCCGAACAACCCAACUGUUCAGAUUCUCCCGAAGUCCACAGGUUUGCAAAGAAGUCAAAUCCCUGGAAGUACCAUGAACACAGAGAGCCAAAGCAUCAAACCGGACACUCAGAGCGCGCAGAAGGUCCAAAGUGCUCCCGAGAGCCAAAGAGCACAGCCGAACCAGGGAAAAAGAGGCACCCAGACCCCACAAAGAGGACCUCCUAACACAGCCAAGUGGAAACAGCUUCAGGAGAACAAGAGGGGGCGCAACCGCAGGACCCACGAACAGCAGAGACCACCACGCAGCGUGUGAGAUAUACUCACGAACACUCAAUAGACACUUGUAAACAUCUGCAUCAGUCACUCAUACAACAGACAAACGUGCAGUGCGGCCAUAAUCGAUAGCACAAAACUCAAAAACGGUGAACUCAACUAGAAAUCCUGCUCACGUCUCUUGUUCACCAGGGAAAGCACAUUGACUUUGUUGUUGUGAUGUGACAGCAAAGACCUUUUACACUACUAGUGUUACAGAUCCGACAUCAUACACGUGAUAUUUUCAUCAAAGGACGCAAAACGGUCGUUUGCCAAGAAACUUUUGCAAUACGAUGGGAUAGUGCCAAUGGAAAAAGAAGAUGAUUUCAAAGGAAACUCUUUUAUCGAUGCGACAAAAUAUGAAAAAAGACAUGGUGGAGUGAAGUGGGCACCUGGAAAACUGGAAGCCAGUUGCUUAGAUUUGUAAAGACUGUAAUAUAUGAGCAAGCAUUGUGCUGUACAUAGAACAACACUAAGUAAUUAUGGACACAAUUGGUGAAAGGUGAAAAUAAGGCAUGCCUUAGUAACAGCUUGUCUAACCUCUGAUCCUCAGAAGCGUUUUGAUGUUUGUGUUAAUUAUGUUUCAGAUAAUCAAGUGGGCCUGACUGACUAAAAAAAGUCAACAACUGUGGUGACCAUUUCUGCCAAAAUUUAGUUUUCAAAUACAACGUGCAUGAGUUGAAUGAAUAAGCUCUUCCAAGCCAGUUGCAUAGUCGAACUGUCUGCAGAUUACAGCCGUCUAGAUCAGUGCUUCCCAACCGGGGUGCCGUCUGUCGAGAG